CUCUCCGGCAUCGCGUCUACCAAAACGUAAACAAUAGCACCACGUGUGGCGAGCAAAUUGUGUUGUUCUUGCCCGAUGGGGUGCUACGCAUUUCGGAGCAGUGGGUGUUUGAGUAAUAGUGAAGUUACGAUCAACGUGGGCCAACUACUGACCGCAAAAUCGGCAAAUUACUUUUAUUAACAACAGUUGGUACCUUUGACGACGCUGACGUGCCAGUGACUUGGUGUUGUCGUAAUUACCAAUUUCGGUGAGGCUGCAUGUACACAUAACGACUCUUGUGGUGUGAGAUGGAGUCACCAACUCCUCCUAGGUAGCUUCCACGGUUGGAUUCCACAGUGGCGUACAUUAAAUAUAUACAAAUCUCAAAUUGCUUAGAACAAUAGCCUCAACAAAUGCUUGACAUUUGAGGAAAUAGUAAAGAGUGUAAACAUGGCUCAGUCAAAGGGUAACAGUGACAAUAGCAAUAGAGCCGUGUCUCGCUCUGACUGUUCGCUGGCGCUUACUUUGAUGGCUCUCCUGCUCCUCAUAACGGACGCGAACUCGAGGAGCAUCAGACUGGAAAUAUUGCCGAGGGAUGCGGUGGAGCAGGGCCACGACGCGACGCUGCGCUGUCACUACGACCUCGAUGGCAAGCCCCUUUUCGCGCUCAAAUGGUAUCGCGGCGAACAGGAGAUCUACAGGUACUUGCCCAGCCUGACGCCCGCCAUCAAAAUUUUCAACUACACCUGGAUCCAGAUAGAUCCGCACACUUCAACUGAGAACCAAGUAGUGAUAAGAAAUGUAGAUUUCCAACUUACUGGCAACUUUAGUUGUGAAACGACUACUGACUCGGAAAGCUUUUACACGCAAAAGAGCUCGAAAUUUCUCACUGUAGUUUGUGAAAGACACAGAGACGAAGCAGAGCCUGGAGAAUGGAGCGAAAUAAGUCUUCAGCUGCAGCCGUUCCACUACACCAAACAGGGACACCUGAACCUCCUCUGUAUCGCAAAAAUCCCAAACAUCUACGAGCAGGCGAGCGAAGUCCUGCAUCUUGGCACUGGAGUUGGCGACCCCGUGCCCGAGAGAGUGACAUCAGAGAUAGCGAGUAACGAUUGCCACAGGAUCGCCAGCCUGACGAUCAUUGUUAUCAUUAUGCUCCACCUGAGCCUCAGAUAGUUGCAUUAACAACACUUCAUCAACGAAAAUAUGUGAAUAUGCAAGCAAUAGUCUUCGCACACACACAGAUACUAAAGGAGACAGUCGAAAACAGAGUAGAUGGAUGUCUUCACACCCAGCUUUUUUCUGUCUGUGUCAAUAUUCUGCGAUAGCAGGACGAGAGUCAUGAGAAUUUCCGUUCUACUUUACUAUGUAUAUUUUGUACUUAGGAGAUAAUGUA